AUGAAGUUAAAGUGCAAAGUUGCAUUACUGGCAUAUGUUCUUGCGUGCCUUUUCGUAACACAGGUAUCGUUGGCCCAUGUCAUCGGUGUCGACUUAGGAUCGGAGUACAUCAAAGUCGCCGGGCCGCAUGGUGACAAGGGUGUCGACAUUGUUCUUAAUGAGCAGUCGCGACGGAAAACGGACAAUUUUAUCGGAUUUCGUCGGAGCGAUCUUUACAUUGGCGACGCGGCGAGGAGUCUGGCUGCACGGUUUCCUCUGUGCACUGCAAGCGCGGUGAACCAGCUUCUCAGAAUUAGAAAAGACUCAAGCCUUCUUCCCUUUUUCCGUGAUUUACAGUACGAAUACCACGUCGGCUUCAGCAAUCAUGGCUCGGCGACUGUGAGCAUUUGCGACACCAAGGAUCCGUUCACCGCCGAGGAGCUCUAUUCCAUGGUACUGUCGUACUGCAAAACCACUGCCGUGAAAGAUGAUGUUGUCGAUCCAAAAGGUGUCGUAGUUACAAUACCAUUUCACACGUCGCCGGCGGAGCGGCGGGCCAUUCUGGAUGCCGCUCGCCUUUCAGGACUGAGUGUUCUGGGUCUCAUGCAUUCCACAACUGCUGCCGCCUUUUACUAUGGCGUGCGGCAUCGCGGCUUUGGCAACAACACCCUGAAGGUAGUAGUGUUCGACCUUGGCUCAACGCAUACUGAGGUCGGCGUCUAUGAAUUUUUACCGGCUGCGCAGAAGGCACCACUUUCGAGUGCUUUUGGGACGCUUAGGACACUCGGCGUGGUCGAGGAUCGUUCUCUCGGCGGUCGUGCGUUUGACUUAUGUGUUGCGCGGGUGAUCGAAGCGGAGGCGCGUGCGAAGCUUAGAAUUGGCCCGGUGUUGGGCGGGACGAGUUCUGCACAGCUGAAGUCACAAUUCUCGCUUCUCCGCGCUGCGAACAAGGUUCGUGAAACGCUUUCUGUGAACAGUAACACACCUUACACAGUGGAAGGCAUUGCCCCGGAUCGUGACUAUCACUCCAGCAUGACGCGCGCCGUUUUCGAAUCCGAAUGCGCCUCACUGUUCCAGCGUGUGAAGGAUUUGGCAACGAGUGUAACAAGCGUCGUGAAUAUUUCAUUCAAAGACCUCAACUCUUUCGAGAUGAUGGGAGGGCUCUCGCGUACACCAAAAAUCAUUGCAGACCUCUCCGAGGUCAUUGGCCGAGAUGUAGAUCGCACUAUGAAUAUGGACGAAGCAGCGGCGAUCGGUGCAGGCUACUAUGCUGCGAAGCUGUCACCUCUUUACCGUGCAAAGUCGCUAAAACUGGACGAGACGAUCCCGUACGGAGUCGAUUUCGAGGUAGAUCCUUCGUUGAACAAGGAAAAACCUGCGGUCAGGCGACCUUUAUUUGGCGCUGACGGCUUUCUACUGGGCGAUUCGGUGAGCUUAACGUUCAAUCGGACAGAGGACUUUUCGCUCAAUUUUUACAGUGGUGACGACGCCGCCAGGCCAUUUGUGCGCGUCACCGUCGCUGGGGUGAAGCAAGCGCUUACGGAUAUGAAGGCGUUGUCGCCUGUCAAGCACGCAAACAACAGUCACAUGGUUCGACUGCAGAUUUUGCUGAACGAAACUGGUCUUGUGCAGGUCGAGCAUGCGGAGGUGGUUGUGCGCUACGCCGAGGAGGUCACACAGAAGGUGGCAGAAAAUGUCACAGAUAAGACAUCUGACGAAAGUAAGUUGGUUGAGAAACUUGUGAAAGUAAUCAAGAUGCGUAGCCGAGCAGCUGACGUGACUGCGACGCUUGCGUGGAAGAACCCUACUGAGCUGACGUCAGAAGAAAUGAAAACUUCGCAAGCCAAGCUGGAGACGAUCUGGCAAGCGGAGCAUGUGAAGCAUCUCCGCGCUACGGCGAAGAACAAUUUGGAGGCGUACAUCUUCUGGGCCAAGAAUGACGGUGUGUCUGAUAACGCUGAGUUGACAGCCGCUGCUGGCGCAGCCGCCGUGCAGCGGGUCAUCGACAAAGCCACAGCUGUGCAGGAGUGGCUUGAAGAAGGCGAGGGUGCAUCAGACCACUGCGCUGCCUCCCAGUACGAGUCGCGGCUGGAGAACCUUCGCAGUAUGGUUGCGGAGCUGUCGAAGCAGCCCGAGAAAGCUACGAGCACAGUAACAACAGAUAGCGCCGAUGACAGUGAAGGCGAUUUGUGA